CUAUAAAGAUCCCAAUAGAUCUCAUGUCGAAUCCAACACAACAAUGAACGCAUCUACCAUCGCUACACUAGCUAUACCCUCACCACUGAGUCUCUGGACGACCGCACGGUCGUUUGGCGCACUCAAUCUCGCUGGGUCAUUUGCUGCACUAUGGGCUCUUGUCAAAGUCCUGGCGGCGCUUCGCUGGCGAUUCAAGACGACUCAACUCCGGGGUCCACCUCGUACCAGCUUGGUAUACGGCGUUUCGCACGACCUCGGCUCAUCUAAUGAUAGUGGUGCAAUGUAUGAACAUUGGGCGGAGGAAUAUGGGGUAGCGUAUAUGAUUCCGAGCAUCCUCGGACAAACCAGCAUCGUGCUGUGCGACCCAAGAGCUAUAGCACAUUUUCUUGCCCGAGAGUCAUGGACGUAUUUGCAGACGUCCCUUUCGCUGGCACUUUUAGAGGGAUCAAUCGGCAAAGGGCUACUAUGGGCUGAGGGUGAACACCACAGAAGGCAGCGGAAGGCUCUUACGCCAGCUUUCAGCAAUGCAGCCAUUCGGAAACUCACGCCAGUGUUUUAUGACUCAGCGUACAAGGUCAAAGAUGCAUGGGACACCAUUAUAGAAUCGAGCAAAGACGGGAAUGCUGUCAUUGAAGUUCAAAACUGGAUGAACCAUAUAUCUCUGGAUACGAUUGGCAUCGCUGGUUUCUCCCAUGAUUUUGGCUCGCUCGAUGGAAAGCGCACCAGCGUGACCGAAAUGUUUGACACUUUCGGAAACAACCCACAAGCCUCAGCAGUGAACGAAGCCCCCGUCCUGCUCGCGUCAGCAUUUCCGAUCAUUACCAAGAUGCCCAGUAACGGGACGAAGCUGUUUAAGAAGCUUGGCGUAACCUUGGAAAAAAUAUCGAACGAGUUGUUGAUUCGCAGUCGCCGGGAAAAGGAUGCGAAUGUGAGCGAGAGAGACGAGGAGAAGUCCAUCAUUGGAUUGUUGCUCAAAUCUGAAGGCCAGGAUGCCGAGCUUCAUAUGUCCAAAGACGAAGUAGUGGCUCAGAUGAAGGUAUUGCUUCUCGCGGGCUAUGAGACGACAUCCAUCAGUCUUACGUGGGCGCUGCUCGAGCUGUCGCAACGCCCCGAUGCCCAAACAAGACUCAGAGAGGAACUGUUUGCGUUUGGUGCAGAUCCGACAUAUGACCAAUUAAAGGCCAAUCUCCCGUUCUUGGAUGGGGUCGUUCAUGAAGUUCUACGACUCCAUCCUCCGGUACGCGAGUUCGUUCGUCUUGCAGCUGCAGACGACGUCAUUCCUUUGAGCGAACCCGUGCGCACCGCGUCCGGGGAAAUGACGGAUAAUAUAUAUGCAGCGAAGGGGACGUUGAUCACGGUAUCGGUCCCAGCGAUCAAUCGCUCUGUGGCCAUCUGGGGACCUGACGCAAAGGAAUUCAAGCCUGAACGUUGGCUAGCUGAAGGGGGCAUCAACGGGAAAGCCAAAGAAGUCCAAGGUCACAGGCAUCUGCUGACAUUUACCGAUGGUCCAAGGACGUGUCUUGGAAAAGAUUUUGCGAUUGCGGAAUUCAAGGCGGUUUUGUUGGUUCUGGUGAAGAACUUCGUGUUUGAGAUGCGGGAUGGACCGGAUACUCAGGUCGAGGUUGCGAAGGGAAUUUUACCUCGUCCGCGGGUUGUUGGAGAGGAUGGUAUCGGGGCACCUUUGAGAGUUCGUCGGUAUGAAUGAGUGGCUAUGUUACACUAGCACAUCAGUGAACCGGUGAGUUCUUGCUGGCCAUUAUGCUGAUUGCGGUGCUUUUAUAUGGUCUUAUAUUGGUCUUAUAUUACUUUAUAUUCCAAUGUGACG